AUGGAUUUUCUACCAUUUAUAAGAAUUGUAAAGUCUUCGAAUUUAUGCAAUGAAGAGAAAGUUCCGAAUAUAUUAAGAGAUGUACUGGGAAUGUUGAUUAAGUGCUGCAAUCAUGCUUCAUGUAACCUGACCCUUGCCUUCACUUCAUCAUUUGACAAUAAAUCAGGAGAAAAUAUUUAUCCUCAACUUCAUAAAUUAUGUAGCAAUUCAGAAAGUCAUAAAUUCAAAUGUUAA